AUGACGUCUUGGAAUGCUGUUAUCAAGCCGCUGAAGGCACCGCUAUCAAGCUGUAUCUUACGUAACUGCUACAUUUCAAACGGUAACGAUGUUCAAGUGGGCAGUCGUAUGGGAAAAGGCGCUUGUCGCUUCAUAAGACAUCUAAAGGUGUUAGUUAGUCUGAGAGAGUCGCAGUCUUUAAAAGAGUGUAAUCAGGAAGUCGAGACUGCUAACUUUAAGCACUGUUCAAGCAGUUUUGGCAUGAGCAGAGUUUUUGAUGAGUAUGGUACAGAGUCAUUACCCCUCACUUUUGUUGACCCGGGCGAGGAAGAUUCUUCGUUGCUGCAAGGCGCCACACAGGAUUCGCAGUUCGAGUUUGAUCACCAAUUUACGUUGCCGUCACAAAGCAACUGGCAGUCUUCCGUAAACGAGAUUUCCAAUGGGGCAACGCAAGAGUUGACUUUUGUCGAUGAGGAAGAUGCACAGCCUGCUCAAACAUUGCCAUCUUAUGCUUGCAAGUACUGCGGUAUUCAUGACCCAGCAGCUGUUGCGAUGUGCUUGAGGUGUGAGAAAUGGUUUUGUAACGGUAGAGGAAGUACAACUGGUAGUCAUAUAGUUAACCACCUUGUACGUUCUCAGCACAAAGAAGUUGGCUUGCACAAAGAUGGCCCACUUGGCGAAACACAGUUGGAAUGCUAUAGUUGUGGAUCAAGAAACAUUUUUAUGUUGGGAUUUAUUCCUGCAAAAGCAGACACUGUGGUGGUAGUUUUAUGUCGGACUCCUUGUGCUGCUCACUCAACUUUAAAAGACGCAAGUUGGCAGGUUGAUGAGUGGAAGCCACUGAUAAGCGAUAAACAGCUUCUUACGUGGUUGGUCAAGGUACCUUCAGAGCAAGAACAGCUUAGGGCAAGACAGAUCACUGCUGAAAACCCGAACGCCGUGUUUGAAGAUCUUGAAAAACCAGGAGUUGACGAGGAACCGGAAAGAGUACAGUUAAGGUAUGAAGAUGCGUAUCAGUACAGGAGAAUAUUUGCUCCUUUGAUUCUUGCUGAGGCUGAAUAUGAUAGACGUGAAAAAGAAGCCCAAACUCAGAACGUUGGUCAUGUUAGAUGGGACGUCGGUCUAAACAGGAAACCACAAGCAUUUUUUCAAUUGCCAAAAUUUUCUGAAGGAAGUAUGAAAUUGGUGCUGGGUGAUGAGCUUCGUUUAAAGCACCAGCAGACUGCUGGGACAGAGUGGACUUGUGUUGGUUUUGUCAUCAAAAUACCAGAUAAUCAUAAUGAUGAGAUUGGAAUAGAAAUGAGAGCCAAAGCGGACACCAUGCCAACGGAUGUACGUACUAAUUUUACCUGUGAGUUUGUGUGGAAUUCAACUUCUUUUGACAGGAUGCACGCAGCUUUGCGGCAACUCGGACAGGACGAAGAAUGUGUUUCACAGUUUAUCUAUCAUAAGUUGUUGGGGCACGAAAUAGAUGACAUCGUGUUCAAAGUUACUCUUCCCAAAAGGUUCAGUGCACCUGGAUUGCCAGAAUUAAAUCACAGCCAAGUUCAAGCUGUUAAAACAGUACUUCAGCGUCCUUUAUCCCUUAUUCAGGGGCCUCCCGGUACUGGUAAAACUGUUACUUCAGCAACGAUAGUCUAUCAUCUGGCACGGCAGACUGGGGGUCAAGUUUUAGUGUGCGCCCCAUCUAAUAUUGCAGUAGAUCAGCUUGCUGAGAAGAUUCAUCGCACUGGAUUGAAGGUGGUUCGUUUAUGUGCCAAGAGUCGAGAAACGCUUGAUAGUCCUGUUGCGUUUUUAGCCCUUCACAACCAGUUAAAAGCCCUUCACGGCGCUGCGGAAUUACAUAAGCUUCAACAGUUAAAGGAAGAAAUGGGUGAAUUGGCUGAUGCAGAUGAACGUAGAUUCCGAGCACUUCGGAUGGCAAAAGAGCGACAACUUCUUGCAGCUGCAGAAGUUAUUUGUUGUACUUGCGUUUCCGCAGCAGAUAAUCGACUGGCACACAUGAGGAUAAAGUGUGUUCUUAUCGAUGAAUCAACUCAAGCGACAGAACCAGAGGUUAUGGUGGCAGUCGUGCGGGGUGUUAAACAGUUAGUACUUGUCGGCGAUCACUGUCAGUUGGGACCGGUUAUCAUGUGUAAAAAGGCAGCAAAAGCAGGUCUUUCGCAAUCUCUUUUCGAACGUUUGGUUGUUCUCGGUACUCGGCCGAUACGUUUGCAAGUGCAGUACCGCAUGCAUCCUGCAUUGUCAGCGUUCCCUAGCAAUGUUUUUUAUGAGGGCAGCUUGCAGAAUGGAGUUACUGAAAGUGAAAGACAGCUGCCAAACAGUAAUUGGAAGUGGCCAGUGGUUGAUAAACCUAUGAUGUUUUGGAGCUGUUACGGUCAAGAAGAGCUGAGUUCUUCUGGAACUUCAUAUUUAAAUAGAACAGAGGCAGCAAAUGUUGAGAAAAUUGCCACACGUUUUAUUGAGGGAGGAUUGAGGCCGGAACAAAUUGGAAUUAUAACGCCAUACGAAGGCCAACGUUCUUAUAUUGUGCAAUAUAUGCAAACGCAAGGAACGCUUCACAGCAAGCUUUAUAUGGAAAUGGAAGUCGCGAAUGUGGAUGCCUUUCAGGGUCGUGAGAAGGAUAUUAUCAUAGUAACUUGCGUAAGGUCUAACGAGCACCAAGGAAUAGGCUUUUUAAAUGAUUCCAGGCGCCUUAACGUUGCUCUGACUCGCGCUAAGUAUGGGCUGAUAAUCAUUGGAAACGCCAAAGUUCUCUCUAGGCAUCCCUUAUGGAACUUGCUUCUAACUACUUUUAAGGAGAAAGGAUGCUUAGUAGAAGGGCCGCUGAAUAAUUUGAAGCCGUCUCCUAUAACUCUUUCAAAACCGCGUGCUAUGCAUUCUGAUUAUAGUAAUGGCAGCCGUUUCAUUCCCCUCGCCACGUGGAGUGCCAAGGAGGCAAUGAUUCCUGGUUCCGUUUACGACCGAAGUCGUCACAGUGGCCCACAUCACGAUCUGAGGGCACUGCAGGAUCCGUUUUCAGCAAUAUCUUUGGACAAGCUGAGACCUCAAGGAGGAAUAAAUAUACCAGUUCCCAUCCACAUGUUUAACCAAACCUCGAUUAAUGCAAGUCAGCAUUAUUAUCCACCACCUCCACAGAAACCUGGUACGGUUACUGUAACUUUAUUCACAAAUUGUAUAAGAAUUGAGUUCCGGAGCGACAAUAAGAAUGUUUGGCCACCUCGUUUUGAUGAGUCAAACUGUCGACACAGUGAACAGUAUGAUCAUUUGAAUAGCUUCAACUCUCAACAGUCGCAAGACGCAGUUUUCUCACAGAACACAACGCCAUAUUCACAUGGUCUCUCCCAAGACAUUUCUGGUUGGACGCAAUCCCAAACCCAGCGGGUUUCAUCACAGUCACAGUUUUAUGGUUUUAGUCAAUCUGAUGCCCUUUACAGUCAGGACCAGAAUCUGGAAAGUCAGAUGGAAGCUUUGCUUCUUUCCCAAGACGCAAGGAAAGACGGUUUUAAAUAUGGGAGUGCCAGUUAA